AUGAAGAUUGUCGUUCACCAGGAGCACCAGUCUAGAAGCAUCCGAGAUGUCCUGAGCGCGAUCAAAGCUCUCGUCGCUGAAGGCGCACAAUUGUCGCGUCAAAGCGGCGAUGCACAGCACACUGUACUCCUGGACAAGCUCGCAGACGUUCUUGGGAUGCAGGAUAUUUCACCCUUUGCUGGUUUAUUGACCUUGCCACACGAUAUACUUUUCGAAAUCCUCAAAUUUGUCUCCUUCCGUGAUAUUUUACGGCUUCGCCAGGCCAGUCAACUCCCACAACCCACAGAACUUGAAGUUCAAUGUCUGAUCUUUGCCCAGACCAACAAAUUCCUGAAAGAAAUGUCGCAUGCUAGACUGAUCUGGCUGAAUCUCUUCAACAAAUAUUCAAAUAUCAAGCCGUUUCCACUCCAACUUGAACGACCUAUCGAAAGAUAUCCAUCGGGCGAUCUAGAGAGACUGAUUCUACGAUGGAAACGUGCUGAGUGGCACUUCACAAAAGAGGCAGCCGAUCCACCUCUCAGAAGAGACUUUUCUCUGAAGAAUGCCAAGGAAAUUGACCAUCACAGUAUGUACUUGUUGAAAGGUGGUCGCUGGCUGCUCUUCAAGGCGUCAAAUCAAUCCCUGUACUACUGUGACCUCGACGCCAUCACCCCCACUCCGACCUUGCUUAUCUCCCCAGAUGCUACCCCUCUUCCUGGCGCAAAAGUCGCCGCAUAUUUCUCGCUGGAUGAGUCGCAAUCGUCAAUUUUCCCUUCAUUCACGCUUGCCUAUUGGUCUUUUGACUCUGCUCGUUCCGACAAUAGCUUCGGAAUAUCCGUUUGGCGUGUAAGCUUUCUCUUCGAAGCUGACAGGCCGGAUCGAGCUGCAGGGCUUGAUGCCACAUGCCUUUCUACAUUCCUGCACAAAAGUAAUCAAAGUUUAACCGUAUUGUCCAUCACACUCUCUGGGCCGGAGCUCGCAUUCACCCUGUGGAGUCACAUUGUUGUCGUGUCUUGGGUAAACAUCAAGGACCCCAAGUCUUAUUCGAGCAGGAUCCUUAAACACCAAGCAGUAAGUAAGCCUCCAACCCUGUCGUCCUCGUUGAAUUAA